UUCCAUUAAUGCUUUCCCAAAAGCAUAUGUAGGCCUGUGCUAAUUUUUCUCCGCGAUGAAGUUUCCCACCAUGUCCAAACAAGCCAUAUCCCUCUUCUAUUUCAUGCUCGUCCUACCCCAUGCCACCAUUUUGAACCCUGUCAUCUAUGCACAGAAACACUGUGAUUUUCCUGCUAUCCUUAACUUAGGUGACUCUAAUUCGGACACUGGAGGAUAUGCUGCUGCCUUUUCUCCUCCCACUUCUCCUUAUGGAGAAACCUACUUUCACAUGCCUGCCCGCCGUUUCUGCGAUGGGCGCCUUCUGAUUGAUUUCAUAGCUGAGUCUUUUGGCCUGCCAUUUAUUAAUGCAUAUCUAGAUUCACUGGGGACCAAUUUCUCCCAUGGUAUAAACUUUGCCACGGCAGCAUCAACAAUCAGAUUACCAGAUAGUGUUAUACCUAAUGGUGGAUUUAGUCCAUUCUAUUUGGAUCUACAGUACUCACAAUUUGUGCAAUUCAAAAACAGAUCAGAAAUGAUAAAGGAACAAGGAGGGUUGCUUGCAAGUUUAAUGCCCAAGGAAGAGUACUUUCCAAAAGCUUUAUACACUUUUGAUAUCGGCCAAAAUGAUCUUGGUGAAGGGUUCUUUGCAAACUUGACAAUAAAUGAAGUCAAUGCUUCCGUUCCUGAUAUAGUCAACAAAUUCUCUGAAAAUAUCAAGAAUAUAUAUGGUUUAGGAGCAAGAUCAUUUUGGGUUCACAACACAGGACCAAUUGGUUGCUUGCCUUACAUUCUGACCGCAUUUUCCUCAGAGGAAAAAGACUCUGCUGGUUGCUUAAAGCCUCACAAUGAAGUAGCUCAGUAUUUUAAUCUCAAGUUAAAGGAGGCAGUAGCUCAACUCAGAAAUGAAUUUCCUUCAGCUGCAUUCACAUAUGUAGACACUUACUCUGUCAAGUACUCCCUGUUUGCUGAGCCCCAAAAACACGGAUUUGAGCUUCCUCAUGUGUCAUGUUGUGGCUAUGGAGGGCAAUACAACUACAGCACUCAAGUUCUAUGUGGAGGAACAAUUACGGUUAAUGGUACCGAGAUAUUUGUGGGAUCAUGUAAACGUCCAUCAGUUCGCGUAGUUUGGGAUGGAAUUCACUAUACUGAGGCAGCUAACAAGUUUGUUUUUGAUCAAAUUUCAACAGGAUCGUUCUCAGAUCCACCUGUUCCUUUGAACCGGGCAUGCCAGAGGACUCCCAUAUCUGGAUUCGUUGAGGUCCAACUUCACCUAUGGUGCAAACUUUGCAGUACCAGCAUCCACAAUUACACAAGACAGGUUUAUCAGAAGAAUGAUGUCACUGAAAGUCUCUUUCUCAACAAGACUGCAACGGAGAUCAUAGCUGCUGUCCCUGAUAUAGUCAACCAAUUCAAAGACAAUAUCAAGAAUAUAUACAGUUUAGGAUCUAGGUCGUUUUGGGUUUACAACACAAGGCCAAUUGGGUGCUAUCCAGCAAUCCUGACCAGUUUUCCAUUGGCAGAAAAGGACUCUGCUGGAUUUCAACUUCCGCUUGUGGCUUGUUGUGGCCAUGGAGGUGAGUACAACUACAACAAAGCUGCUUCCUGUGGAGAAACACUCAGCGUGAAUGGCACUAGCAUUGCGGUGGGAUCAUGUAAAGACCCAUCUAUUCGAUUCUACGCUAUGAAGUUUCCCACCAUGUCCAAACAGGCCAUAUCCCUCUUCUAUUUCAUGCUCGUCCUACCCCAUGCCACCAUUUUGAACCCUGUCGUCUAUGCACAGAAACGCUGUGAUUUUCUUGCCAUCUUUAACUUUGGUGACUCUAAUUCGGACACUGGAGGAUAUGCUGCUGCCUUUUCUCCUCCCACUUCUCCUUAUGGAGAAACCUACUUUCACAUGCCUGCCGGCCGUUUCUGCGAUGGGCGUCUUCUGAUUGAUUUCAUAGCUGAGUCUUUUGGUCUCCCAUUUAUUAAUGCAUAUCUUGAUUCACUGGGGACCAAUUUCUCCCAUGGUAUAAACUUUGCCACGGUAUCAUCAACAAUCAGACUACCAGAUAGUGUUAUACCUAAGGGUGUAUUUAGUCCAUUCUAUUUGGAUCUACAGUACUCACAAUUUGUGCAAUUCAAAAACACAUCAGAAAUGAUUGAGGAACAAGGAGGGUUGCUUGCAAGUUUACUGCCCAAGGAAGAGUACUUGCCAAAAGCUUUAUACACUUUUGACAUCGGCCAAAAUGAUCUUGGUGAAGGGUUCUUUGCAAACUUGACAAUAAAUGAAGUCAAUGCUUCCGUUCCUGAUAUAGUCCACAAAUUCUCUGAAAAUAUCAAGAAUAUAUAUGGUUUAGGAGCAAGAUCAUUUUGGGUUCACAACACAGGACCAAUUGGUUGCUUGCCUUACAUUCUGACCGCAUUUUCCUCAGAGGAAAAAGACUCUGCCGGUUGCUUAAAGCCUCACAAUGACGUAGCUCAGUAUUUUAAUCUCAAGUUAAAGGAGGCAUUAGCUCAACUCAAAAAUGAAUUUCCUUUAGCUGCAUUCACAUAUGUAGACACUUACUCUGUCAAGUACUCCCUGUUUGCUGAACCCCAAAAACACGGAUUUGAGCUUCCUCAUGUGACAUGUUGUGGCUAUGGAGGGCAAUACAACUACAGCACUCAAGCUCUAUGUGGAAGAACAAUUACGGUUAAUGGUACCGAGAUAUCUGUGGGAUCAUGUAAACGUCCAUCAGUUCGCGUAGUUUGGGAUGGAAUUCACUAUACUGAGGCAGCUAACAAGUUUGUUUUUGAUCAAAUUUCAACUGGAUCGUUCUCAGAUCCACCAGUUCCUUUGAAACGGGCAUGCCAGAGGACUUGAGAUUAACAUUUUUUGUUGAGCAUAGACACAUGAAUAAACCAAAAUCGAACUGGUUACAAUGUAUGUCAUGUAAUAAGUGUCUACCUCAGUAAUAAAUUUUGCAUACUUAUGUCUAGCUAGUUGUGUAUCAGAUUUUCAUUAUCAGUCCUAAUAUAAAUAAAAAUCUGCUUUAGUGACGUCAAACGUGAAGGCGAUAUGGUCCCGUACUCGAGAGGUAGCAUACAAGUGACGUAAUAUUUCCAGUAUUAUUUCCCCGUAUGGCCAUGGAGUCUCCCGCAAACAACAUCAUAUAUGUCUCUCUGUGUUUGGCCUGUUUCGUUCGCUUUCUUUCAACCUGAACCCAGUUUUAGCUGCUCAAGAAGUGCAACGACUGUUUGAUGACAAUUAACCUCAACCAUUAUGAUCUUUCUCUACUUUGAACCCGUCCAGCCAAUUUUUGGACUGUUAUGUACUGAUGGUUUGGCUAUAAGUCUUGAUUUGCCUUAUCUCAGCCCAUAUCUGGAUUCGUUGAGGUCCAACUUCACCCAUGGUGCAAACUUUGCAGUAUCAGCAUUCACAAUUACACAAGAAAGAGGUCUAUCAGAAGAUGGAUUUAAUGCUAUCUACCUACAUGUGCAAUCCUG